CAGAUGCUUGUGGCCUGUCGGAUGCUGCUCACAUCGAAAGCCUGCAGGAGAAAUCGCAAUGUGCACUGGAGGAAUACGUGAGAAGCCAGUACCCCAACCAGCCCAGCCGCUUUGGCAAACUGCUGCUGCGAUUGCCCUCUCUUCGCACAGUGUCCUCCUCUGUCAUCGAGCAGCUCUUCUUCGUCCGCUUGGUAGGUAAAACCCCCAUCGAAACUCUCAUUCGAGAUAUGUUGCUGUCUGGGAGCAGUUUCAACUGGCCUUACAUGUCCAUCCAAUGCUCCUAGACCUUGGGUGUUUCCACCUGCUCUUGCCCCUGACCCCUAGAGACUACAAGGACUCACCUUGACCAAGGACUCAAAAGCCUUUGGGGAUGCUAGUAUGAUGGACCAGGCAGGCCAGGCAGAGGGGAGGAAGGUUGGGGGCAAGAGCAGAGCACUCUGCAGGAAUGCAACCUGAGCUGCAAACCGGGAGGAAAAGAGACUCAUUUAGGAUUUGAUCUGUAAGUACAUUGGAAAGGAAAGGAAAAGGACCUCGUGUCUGGUGAGAGAAUGAAAAAUAAAAUGGAAGAGAGGACCAUGAGAAAUUUAAUAAAAUAGAAGGACUCUAAUGGACCUUCCAGGAUUUACUGUGGAUGGGUGUGGAUAUAUUCUGUACAGAAAACAACUCAUAUGGAAGCGGACUGAAUCCUAUGUAGAAACACACACACUGAACAUUGUUAUUCAUUUUGUAAAAUACUAGUCUUUAUUUUCAUUUUUUUGUAAAAUUUAAACAUCGUAUGCGCAUAAAGAAAAAAGGAACAAGACUUAGGGGAAAAUAACAUUUUCCAAAUAAUUAUGAAAAAUUGUCCUGUGUCUAUGUAUCUAUAUCUGUUUUGUAUUUUUUUCUGGUUCCAAACCAGAUUUCCUGUGAUUCUAUACUAAUAAUUUUUGAUAUAACCCUUUGCUUCUUAUAAUGAGUGCGAUAUAUGUUGUCGAGGCUGUUCUUCAAGAAUUAAAAUUGAAGUGAAAAUUUAAACAAAAAUAAAAGAAUU